UUGCCAUCAUGACAUUGAUAUAUAAAUUUCUUAGUAGCUUUACAUUUAAAAUAGCCCAGCCCUCUUGGCCUCCAGGGAAAUGUACUUUUCAGGCAGUGGUGGUGAGGAUGAAAGUGGUAUGGUCCUCUCCACCCUGUAACUGUCAUGGUUUCAGAAAUGGCAGAAGAUGGCAGCAAUGAGACCAUGUUUAUUUGGUGCGAGGAUUGUGGUCAGUACCAUGAUUCGGAGUGUCCUGAGCUGGGCCCAGUGGUGACAGUCAAAGACUCCUUUGUGUUGAGCAGGGCAAGGUCAUCCCUUCCUUCCAAUCUGGAGAUCAGACAACUGCAAGAUGGGACUGAAGGAGUAUUUGCAGUGACACAGCUUGUCAAACGUACCCAGUUUGGCCCAUUUGAAUCCAAGAGAGUUGCCAAACUGGAAAAGGAGUCAGCAUUUCCACUGAAGGUUUUCCAGAAGGAUGGGCCCCUGGUUUAUUUUGAUACCUCUAACGAAGAUGACUGCAAUUGGAUGAUGAUGGUGAGAGCAGCCACUGAAUAUGAACACCAGAACCUGACUGCCUUCCAGCAUGACAAUGAUAUUUACUUCACCACCUCUCGGGAUAUCCCACCAGGAACUGAGCUGCGAGUGUGGUAUGCAGCUUUUUACGCCAAAAAAAUGGAAAAGCCAGUGCUGAAGCAGGUCACUAGUGUUGCCAAUGAUGUAUGCUUAGUAGUGAUGGAAUGCGACAAGGAAGGGAACAAAAUCUCUUCAAAGCCUCCCAGUGCAGUCUUCUCUCUUAAAAAAAUCAAGAAGUCCAGUGUGCCUGUAGCUGACUUUGCAGUGAGCGCUCCAGAGAGUAGUGGGCCCCUUGAAGUGGAGUCCAGCCAGUGGACAUGUAAAGUGUGUUCAUCUGUUUUCCCGGAACCUCAGUUGCUGACAGAACAUCUGUUGAGUCACCUGGAACAAGCCAAAGGAGUCCCCCAGACAAGCCAAAAUGAUGCAACUCCAGAGACGCCUGCAGAGGCUCCCAUUGCUCAUCAGCCUGUAACUGGUGAAGGUACUAGUGCCAACGUAGACUCCAGGAGGACUCCACGAAGGGGAAGAAAGCCCAAAGCUGCAAAAGCAGAAACACCUCUUGUCAUUGCUGAAGAUAAAGACCCAGCAGUGGAUCGAGUAGCUGAAAUUAUAACAGAGAUCCCACCUGAUGAGGCAGCCCUUCCCUCUGCAGCGGAAGAGAGGAUUAUGGAACUGGUUUUAGGAAAGCUGCCAAGCACCACAAACAACAUCAGUUCAGUAACAAAUAGGUUUGCUCAUCACCAAAACACCAUGUCCCUCAAAAGAAGUUUAAUUCUCUCCAGUAGACAUGGAAUACGUCGAAAGCUGAUAAAGCAACUUGGGGAACACAAACGGGUAUAUCAGUGCAACAUUUGCAGUAAGAUCUUCCAGAACAGCAGCAACCUCAGCAGGCACAUCCGGUCUCAUGGUGACAAACUGUUUAAAUGUGAGGAAUGUGCAAAGCUGUUCAGCCGUAAAGAGAGCUUGAAGCAGCAUGUUUCCUAUAAACACAGCAGGAAUGAGGUCGACAGCGACUACAGGUACAAGUGUGCUACAUGUGAAAAGGCCUUUCGGAUAGAGAGUGCAUUGGAAUUCCACAAUUGCAGAACAGAUGACAAGACAUUCCAGUGUGAGAUGUGUUUCAGGUUCUUUUCCACGAAUAGUAACCUCUCAAAACACAAGAAGAAGCAUGGGGAUAAGAAAUUUGCAUGUGAAAUCUGCAAUAAGAUGUUCUACCGGAAGGACGUCAUGUUGGAUCAUCAAAGGAGACACUUGGAAGGGGUGAGGCGUGUGAAAAGAGAAGACUUUGAGCACAGCACAGAGAACAUGGUGCGCUACAAGAAGGAACCCUCGGGAUGCCCUGUAUGUGGGAAGGUAUUUUCAUGCAGGAGCAAUAUGAACAAACACCUCCUGACACACGGAGACAAGAAAUACACCUGUGAAAUCUGUGGACGUAAAUUUUUUAGAGUGGACGUUCUUAGAGAUCAUAUUCACGUCCAUUUUAAGGACAUUGCGCUAAUGGAUGACCACCAGAGGGAAGAGUUCAUUGGUAAAAUCGGAAUCUCAUCAGAGGAAAACGAUGACAACUCUGAUGAAAGUGCAGAUUCUGAGCCUCACAAGUAUAGCUGCAAAAGGUGCCAGUUAACCUUUGGCAGAGGGAAGGAGUACCUAAAACACAUAAUGGAGGUUCACAAGGAGAAAGGCUAUGGCUGUAGCAUCUGUAAUCGACGAUUCGCCUUGAAGGCAACUUACCAUGCUCACAUGGUCAUUCACCGGGAGAAUCUGCCUGAUCCCAAUGUGCAGAAAUACAUCCACCCAUGUGAAAUUUGUGGAAGGAUUUUUAACAGCAUCGGGAAUUUGGAACGACAUAAGCUUAUACACACAGGUGUAAAAAGUCAUGCGUGUGAGCAGUGUGGAAAGUCAUUUGCCAGAAAGGACAUGUUAAAAGAGCACAUGAGAGUCCACGAUAACAUCCGAGAAUACCUGUGUGCGGAAUGUGGUAAAGGAAUGAAGACAAAACAUGCUCUGCGUCACCACAUGAAACUCCACAAAGGGAUUAAGGAAUAUGAAUGCAAGGAAUGCCAUCGUAAAUUCGCACAGAAGGUCAACAUGCUGAAGCACUACAAAAGGCACACAGGGAUCAAAGACUUUAUGUGUGAGCUCUGUGGGAAGACAUUUAGUGAGAGAAACACAAUGGAGACCCAUAAACUGAUUCAUACAGUGGGGAAACAGUGGACGUGUUCAGUCUGUGAUAAGAAGUACGUCACCGAUUACAUGCUUCAGAAGCACAUCCAGCUAACUCACGAUAAGGUAGAAGCUCAGAGUUGUCAGCUCUGUGGGACAAAGGUUUCUACCAGAGCUUCAAUGAGUCGACACAUGAGGCGCAAACAUCCAGAGGUUCUUUCAGUUAGAAUUGACGAUUUAGAGCAGCUCCCAGAAGCUACCACCAUUGAUGCCUCCUCCAUUGGGAUUGUUCAGCCUGAGUUAACCCUGGAACAGGGAGAGUUACCCGAAGGCAAGCAUAUGAAAGCUCCUAAACGUGGCCAUAAGCGAAAGCAGAAGCCGGGCGAAGAGGAGGAAGUGCAAGUGCCUGAGGACCCUGCCUUCAAUGAAUACACAGAGAAGGAAGCUGAAUUCACAGGGAACGUGGGAGAUGAAACCAAUUCAGCUGUACAAAGUAUUCAGCAGGUGGUGGUGACCCUUGGAGACCCAAACGUCACGGCCCCUUCUAGUUCUGUUGGGUUGACAAAUAUUACCGUCACCCCGAUUACCACGGCAGCUGGAACCCAAUUUACAAACCUCCAGCCAGUGGCUGUGGGCCACCUUACUGCUCCUGAACGCCAGUUACAGCUCGACAAUUCAAUUCUUACUGUGACAUUUGACACUGUCAGUGGUUCUGCCAUGCUGCACAAUCGCCAAAACGAUAUUCAGAUACAGCCACAGCCAGAGGCAGCCAAUCCCCAGUCUGUGGCGCAUUUUAUAAACCUGACAACCCUGGUGAACUCCAUUGCUCCUCUAGGGAACCAGAUCACAGAGCAGCAUCCGUUGACGUGGAGGGCAGUGCCUCAGACCGAUGUCCUGCAGCCCCAAUCGCAGCAAACACAACAGCAGUCAGGACAGCAGCAAGUUCAAACAGAGCAGCAACAGCAGAUGUACAGCUACUGAUUUGUACUUGAAAAGACUUGAAAUGGACUGGACUAUGAGACAGUUUAAAAAAAAGUGGAAAACUAUACGUGAAUUGUUUGCUGGAUACCAAACAGAGCUGGAAAAAUGUUUAUACAAUGAAAUGUAAACUAAAAUUGGCAUAGCACCCUGCAACGCUGUGGUCUUGACAUUUGCACACUAUUUCUAAACACAGCACCAUCUAGAAGUCUCGUUCUAAAUUCAGCACCCCUGUGUGGUGGUGUGUUUUGUGCAGUGAUGGUUCUGGGUUUUGACAACAGCAUCACAAUAGACCUUACACAAAGAGAGGAAAUCACAAAUAGUAAAUAUGACUAACCCUUCAGCCAUACAAUUUAAUUGUUUUCCAAGCUGGAGGGAAUGUAUACAGUGAGCUGGGGUUCACUGGUUGUCACCUUCCAGAAACUGAAAUGUAAAGAUAUAAUUGAGCCCCCAAAAAAAGGAUUGAUUUGUUUUUUUCAUCCUUAGACGGUCUUGUAUCUAACAGAACAUCUGGUAAAGUAAGGGUGAGGGUUUGGGGCUGGAAGUGGGGGAAAGUCUAUGGGGUGAAAGAAAAUGUACCCAAUUUCACAAAGUAUCUCCAUUGUAGUGAUGGAAAAAUCUUUUAUGAGUAAAACAUGUCAGUGCUACCUGAAGCAAAUAGCCAGUCUAAUGUUAAAACAACUUUUACGGUCUUCUAGUAAAGUUAAGUUUGAAUCAAACCGGUUGUGAGCUGAAACCAUAAUGUGAUAAGAUUUUAUAUAAUUUUGUUAAAAUUGCUCUUUCAAUAUUGCUUUUAGCUAGGAGGCCUGAAGAGCAAUCAGUCCCCUUUGAUCAAGUUCAGGAUGUGAAUUACCAAUUAGUCUUCUUUCAUCAUGUAAUAAACAUUUGAGAAAGUAAUUUUUUAUAUAA